AUGUACGAAGACAAGAGUAACGCAGAUCGCUGCCCCGUCAACACCUACUUGGCUUACAAAGAGCACCGGCCCACAAGCAUGAUGACCGAUGAAUCUCCUUUCUAUCUUGCGGUUAAUAACGAAAACCCGAAACCUGGUCAAAUGUGGUUCAAAUGCUCUCCGCUUGGAGUCAACUCCUUGAGAAGCAUGCUCAAGAACAUGAUAAGAGAUUCGGGCCUAGAAACAGAUAAAAGACUUGUAAAUCACAGCACAAGAAAGCAUUUGGUUCAGAAGCUGGUUGAUAAUGACAUACCGCCAAACGAAAUCAUUCAGAUCACUGGACAUAAAAACGUCAACUCUUUAAACAACUACUCAUCUUUAUCCGACAAGAUGCUGCCAGUACCGGCCAAAGCUUGUCAGCCGUAUCUAUUGAAGAGAAUACAAAAGCGGAAACCUUUUUAUCGGGUGCAACUUCGGGAAGUUUAUUUCCAAAUUGCCAAAUCGCAACGGUAA